UGGUUAAUUAAGACCGCCCACUCUAAAUUGGUUUAGGUGUGAGCUGAUAUCUGAUUGGUCAGUCAUGAUGUCAUAAGUAACCCGCCGGCCAUCUUUGAGGGUUUUUCCCAUCAUUGAUAGGUACCAUAAAGCCUAAAGGAGCUGAUUACGACCUAUUUUAUGUUAUUUCUGUCGGUGUGUGGGGCUGUGUUUUACUACUAGGAAAAGAUCCAAGAAGAAAAGAAUAUUCUGAACAAGCCAAUACCGACAUUAUCAUAUUUUGAGGAGUACCCGAGGCAGUCCUUUAGCAGCCAUGGCUUUUAAUGGUAUUGAUCCCUCUUCUCUCCCCGAGGCACUCAUUAGGGAUACCAUGAACACUCUCCCGACUCACAUUGUCAACAGCAAUCCGGACUCACUCAACAGCUCACCUUAUUCUUCUUUGACUCAAGUCCGACUUGAAAUUGUUGAACAACCGAAAUCAAGAGGAUUCAGGUUCCGUUACGACUGUGAGGGUCAGAGUCACGGUGGUCUCCCGGGAGAGAAUUCCGAGAAAAACCGACGCCAAAAAACCUAUCCAACCGUCCACUUGAAAGGUUAUCGUGGGCGGGCCCGUGUGAUGGUUUCCUUGGUAACAGACUCUGACCCAGCAAUGCCUCAUGCCCAUUCUAUAGUUGGAAAGAAUGCUAUUGAUGGUCGCUGUGUUGUAGAGAUAGGGCCAGAGACGGAUAUGUAUGCACAGUUCACAAGUCUUGGUAUACUUCAUGUUACUAAAAAGAAAGUCCCUGAAGUUUUGACGAGGCGUCUCUUACAGCAAACAACUCCUCGUGGACAAAUGGUUGACCAAAUGGAAGUGGUUGAUGUUGAUAUGACCACCGCCCAACUAACAUCUGAAGAGCAAGAUGAGAUACACCAGCAAGCUCAGACUUUAGCCAAGUCAAUGAAUCUCUCUGUGGUAAGGUUGUGCUUUCAAGCCUUCCUCCCUGAUGAGAAUGGACGCUAUACAAUACCAAUUGAUCCUGUAUUUAGCAACAAAGUCUAUGACAGCAAGGCACCUUCUGCUGGUACAUUAAAGAUAUGUCGUCUUGAUCGGACCAGUGGGAGUGUUAAAGGCGGAGAUGAUGUUUUCCUUCUUUGUGACAAAGUUCAAAAGAAUGAUAUUGAGGUUGUAUUUUAUGAAGAUAAGCAGGAAACUACUGGUGGGAUGCAGUUGCAGCCGUGGAUGGCUAAAGGAAGGUUUGGACCCAAUGAUGUCCAUCACCAGUAUGCAAUAGUAUUCCAAACUCCAACAUUUUACAAUCAAGCUAUAGAGCACCCUGUUCAAGUAUGGAUUGCUUUGAAGAGACCUUCCGAUCACGAGACCUCAGAACCAAAACCUUUCCUCUACCUACCACAGGAAUUUGAUGAGGAGCGUAUUGGACAAAAACGUAGAAAGAAGAUCACUCACUUUAACAACUUCUUUGAAGGUCCCGGUGGAGGGGGUGGGGCAGGGGGAGGGGCUGGAGGAGCUGGCGGUAAUUUUUUCUCAAGAGAUUUCAACUAUGGUUCUGGUGGUGGUUACAACAGUGGCUUUAAUUUCUUUGGUGGCAGCAGUGGAGGAGGGGGAGGGUCUGGUGGAGGGUCUGCUAAUAAUGCCGGGACUGGAGGCGGGACCACGUUCUCCGGUGGGAACACUUCAGCUGCUAAUAUGCCAGUAUCCGUUGACUCUCUUUACUCAACUCUACCUCCAUCGUCCAACCAGCACAUCUUUGCUGCCACAGCCACUAAUCCUCAUUACCCACACAUGAGGCAGCAGCAGCCUCACGGUCUCUCCUUUUCCAACGGAGGAGGGAGGGGAAUGGGAGGAACUAUGUACUCUCAUGCUAUGGACCAACAGUUCAUGUCAACCGCUAGCGGACACUUGGUCUCUCGUACUGGAGCUGGUGGCGUCACUGUCAAGAGAGAACCUCCUGAUUAUUAUAUGGACGUUGAAAGGGACAAUGUUCAGCCUCCAUUACCUGCUCUGUCAGAGGAAGGAGGAACAGGUGGUGGUAAUAUCAUGAGACCAAAGGAUCAGCUCCCUCCUUCUCAACGUGGCCCUGGUGACAGUGGUAAGCUCCUUGAUGUUAGCAGUAAUAUUGAGGACGUGGAGUCAGGCUAUGUUGAGGCAGAGAGAAUGGACUCAGGACUGCCAACUAGCAUGGCUGCUGAGCCUUCUCAAGAGUCAACCUCCAGUGAGACAGAGGCCCAGCAAGCUCUUCAAGCUCUUAAGGACCGACAGCAAAUGGCCUUUGAAGUCUGUGACAGAAUGUUCAAUGCAUUAUUGGCCUGGGCCACCACUAAAGACAUACGGUACCUCCUGGCGGCUCAGAGGAGCCUCACAGCAGUACAGAAUCAAGAGGGAGACACUGCACUUCAUUUGGCUAUCAUUCACAAUCAUCAAGAUGUGGUCCUUCAGUUAUUGGAUGUUCUCCCACAACUACCACCAACUGAGACACCUGUUGUUGACUGUUUGAACAAUUUCAAACAGUCCCCAGUUCAUUUGGCUGUAAUCACAAGACAGCAUAAAGUAGUCCAGUAUCUUCUUAAAGCUAAUGCGAAUCCCCUUGUCUCUGACCGUAAUGGAGACACUCCUCUUCACCUUGCCUGCAAGUAUGGGUUCCUCCAGGGGAUUGUGCCGCUACUGAACAGAUCAACUCGUAUCAAUACUGAAGGCUGUCGUAUACCAGAGCUGGUCAUGAGGAAUAAUGACGGCCUGACUCCUCUUCAUUUGGCUGCUGCUUGUGGUAAUCCUGAUUGUUUCAAGGAGCUAGUGAAAGCCCAUGCUGAUGUCAAUGUUCAGGAUAGUAAAUCAGGUAAAAGUGCUCUUCAUUAUCUCAUAGAGAAAGGUGACCUUCCACUGACAGGAUUCUUAAUCACUGAAUCUGAGACUAACAUUGAGUGCACUGAUUUCUCUGGUAAUACUCCACUCCAUUGUGCUGCUGCUCUUGGUAAUGUGGCAAUCGUGUCUCUACUCAUUGCAGCAGGUGCUAAUCUUGUCUGUCAGAAUCAAGAGGGAGAGCUCCCUCUUGUGUUGGCUGAAUAUGGAGGACAUGAAGAAGUAGUCAAAGUGUUAAAGGACUCACUAGUGAAAGCUGGUCUUGAUAAACCAGAAGAGCAACUAUCAACACAAAUGAAAUCAGUCUCACUGACCGAAGAGGACAAAGCUUUGGCAGCUUUGAGGGCAAACAGCUCCGAGGGCGACCUCAGCAAGUUGGAUUUCCGCCCGAGGAUUUCCCUGGCCCUCAUCCUUGAUCCAAUCAAUGAAGGAUGUGAUUGGAAGGCUUUGGCAAAAUGUCUCUCUCUCUCUCAUCUUGAGGCCGGGCUCGAGGCAAUGACGAGUCCUACCAAAGAGCUAUUGACUAUGUAUGAGGCUUGUGAUGGGACCAUUGCUAAACUCCGCCAGGCACUCCUGGAUAUCAAUCGUAGUGAUGCUGUCAAUAUAAUUGAUCGAUAUAUGCAAGAAGAGAAAGGUGUUGUCACUAGUAAACAGACUUAUGAUUCUGGCAUCAGUUCAAAUCCUUCAUCUCUUUCUAAUGAACAAGUUGUAGGGAAGCACUCCACCAUUCCUUCUAGUCAAGUUUAGUGUACAAAAACUUCUUAUCAUGUCCUCUCUCCUUCCUCUCAUUCUCUUUUGAUGCCUCAUAAGUUAACCUUUUCUAUCAUUUUGUCAUUAUUAUUAUUAUCAAAGCAACACAAUAAUCCAUCAUAUUGUUUGAGGCUGAACACAUUAAUUUAUAUUUUCCCCCUUAUUCUUAAUUAUUGUUGUUAUUAUUAAUUUACUGAUUCAUUAUUUUAGUUAGUGCAUUGUCAGUGACUUUUCUCCUUUUUUGAUUAUUAAUAAUAAUUUGUAGCUAUUGGCAAAUCUUGUUUUUCUCACAUCCCUCUCUUUCUUUUUCUUUUUUUUUCUGUUAAUUUUUAAUUUUU